AUGGAUUCUUCAAGAAGAGGCAACGCCGACGACCAACGAUGCAUUCUUGGAUUGCAAGAUUUAAAAAUAUGUAACACAAAUGAGAACGAUACUGAGCAAGCGCACAAUGCUUCAACUUCGUCUACAAGUCCCGCUGGUAAAACUAGACCUGUAGGAGCUAUCGAGAGCUUAACGCUGGACAGCGCCCCAACUAAUCGUCAAGAUUAUAGUUUUUAUGAAAGAUCUAAUGUGAUAGCAUCGUCUAAAUUCGCAACGCCGAAACGCGUAGAGACGAUUGCUUCAAUAAAUAAAUCAGACAUCAAUACCACUGCUUUGCCCGCAAGCCCUACCCGAUCAGUCGACAGUAUUUCGCAAAGGUCUCUCAGCUACCAAACUGAUGAUUUAUAUGAAAUACCUGGAAAUACUACUUCACAGUACCCUCCGCCUGUUUAUGAAAACAUAGACUAUUACGGCGAACAACGUUCACCGCAGCCUCCCUACUAUCAUCAGAUUUAUCAGCAGGGACCACCUCUUCCUGUUUCCGAUGGAUAUUACGACACUCGGUAUAGCAAAGCUCAACCUCAAGUGCCAGUGAAUUCGAAAGCUAAAUUAAAACCAUCUGUUUAUGAGAAUAUGCUUUGUUCAGAUAAUGAUAAAAAAAGUGACUAUAAGUUGCCACAGAAUCAAGAGCAGCAAUUUGUGCAACAGGGAUCCAUUCCAGGACCUCAAGUACCAAACUCAUCAUUAAAUAGAACUGUAUUACAUAUGCCCAAUGAGAAAGCAAAGAUUGAAAAAGGUCUACCUCCUCCACCUUACAAUAAACCUCAAAAUAAUCACAGUGGUGAUUACACUAUAAUGAAAUCUGCACCACCUAAAUAUACAGAUGUAAGUGCUCUUUUAAAGAGUGACAAUUCAGUCAGCUUUGAUGAUAAAGUGGUUACAAUACCAUCAACAGCUAUAUAUGCAUCAAUAGCACCAAGUGCACAAAGACCUAAAGCGAAUAUUGCCACUGAAGUUAAAACUUUAACUCCUGCCCCAAAAUUCUUUCAUCCUAAGCCUAAUAUUGGUAAUGGGCUUGGAAAAGACAAGUCAGCAAGUUCAGUGCCAGUUAAUGAAGGGUACAAUGUUAAGUCACCUUUAAAUACUAGAAUGCAAAUUGUGGAUGACACUAAUGGUUCUGAUUAUGUAUGCAUGACUGGAGGUUCUUCGGCAGCAGCUGUAGCUGCCGCUACAAGGGACAAUGUUUCACUUGCUUCCGAAUCAAUAGGAUCUAGGAAUUUGGUAUCGGGCUUGACAUCUCUUUGUUCACCAGCACAAUCCCCAGCACCUAGUCCCACACCAAGUUCUGUGUCACAAGUUUCAGCUGGUUCAAGGGGUUCAGGUGGAAGGGGGAAAAGCCUUUUACCUUACAGCAUCACUCCACCUCGCCCUCCAGGCCCUAGUGAGGCUCAGCGAAAAAUUGAAGAACUUACAAGACAGCUUGAAGAAGAAAUGGAGAGGCAGGAUGAAGAUGGAGAGUACUUUGGCAUAUGUCACACAUGUAGGGGUGGAGUUACUGGUGCUGGUCAAGCAUGCCAAGCUAUGGGUAAUUUAUACCAUACCAACUGUUUUAUUUGUUGUUCCUGUGGGCGGGCAUUACGAGGCAAAGCAUUUUACAAUGUUCAUGGGAAAGUUUAUUGUGAAGAGGAUUAUCUGUACUCUGGGUUUCAACAAACAGCUGAAAAGUGUGCGAUCUGCGGUCAUUUGAUCAUGGAAAUGAUUUUACAAGCUAUGGGCAAAUCUUACCAUCCUGGUUGUUUUCGAUGCUGCAUAUGCAAUGAGUGUUUGGAUGGUGUUCCCUUUACUGUUGAUGUGGACAACAAAAUCUACUGUGUUAACGACUACCAUCGCAUGUUUGCACCAAAAUGUGCCAGUUGUGGAAAAGGUAUUACACCAGUAGAGGGCACAGACGAAACAGUGCGUGUAGUGUCUAUGGACAGGGACUUCCAUGUUGACUGCUACAUGUGUUGUGUCUGUGGAAUGCAAUUAACAGAUGAACCAGAUAAACGUUGUUAUCCUUUGGCAGGAAAAUUAAUGUGUCGCGCCUGUCAUCUGGCUACCAUUGGGGCUGCAACAGGUCCUGGCAUGCCACCGGCACCACAUUUAUCCCCAGCUUCUUAUAAGUAUAUGGGU